GAAACAGUCUCAGAAAAAACAAAAAAAGUUGUGUGUCUCUGUUUCUGUCUGUGUGUGUUACCGUGUGUGUGUUUCUGUGGUUCUGUGACACGGAGGAGGUGAACACUUCUCCCCCGGUUUCCUACAGCUUCUAACGGGAAGAUGGCGCGGCUUGGCGGCCGUGCCACGUCCCGGUUCCCCGGAGAGAUGGUCCAGAUCUCCCGGUGGUGCUGCUGCCUGCUCGUGCUCUGCUCCCCGGUGCACGCGGGACUCUACACCCCCUCGGACCAGAUCUUCGUGCUCAGUCCGCAGAACGUGGAGCCGGUUCUGGUGAACUCUACCGCCGCCGUGCUGACCGAGUUCUACGCGUCAUGGUGCGGCCACUGCAUCGCCUUCUCCCCGGUGUACCGGAGCCUGGCGAGGGACAUCAGAGAGUGGAAGCCGGCGGUGGCGCUGGCGGCGGUCGACUGCGCUGCCGAGGAGAACCGGAAGCUGUGCGCGGGAUACAGCAUCAGAGCGUAUCCCACCGUGAAGUUCUUCCACGCUUACUCCAAAGCUGACUCCACAGGAAAGGCUUUCAAAGCCUCCUCUCACGAUGUGGCCACGCUCCGUCACAGAAUCAUCGACAAACUGGAGAACCAUCAGGAGCCCUGGCCCCCCGCCUGCCCCCCCCUGGAGCCCACCAGCCAGGCAGAGAUCGACAGCUUCUUCGAGACGAACAACGUUCAGCACCUGGCGCUCAUCUUCGAGGACUCCAAGUCCUACGUCGGCCGAGAGGUGACCCUUGACCUGCUGCAGUUUGAGAACGUGGCGGUGCGCAGAGUCCUGAGUUCUGAGGAGACUCUGGUGAAAAAACUGGAAGUGACAGAGUUCCCCUGCUACCUUUACUCUGCUGGAGGGAACUUCUCCAGACUCAGAGUGAACAUGGAGGCUCGUGUUUUUUACUCCUACGCCCUCCAGAGGCUGCCGGGGGUGGUGCGUUCAGGGAAGCCUCCUCCGGUAAAUGUGGCCGUUCUGAGGAACAACACCGAGGAGCCAUGGAGACCCUUCAACAGGUCCAGAGUGUACAUGGCUGAUCUGGAGUCAGCGAUGCAUUACUCUCUGAGGGUGGAGCUCGCUGCUCACACACUCAUCAGAGGAGAGGAGCUGACCUCUCUGAGGAAAUACAUCUCUGUACUGACUAAGUUCUUUCCGGGCCGUCUGGUGGUGAUGAACCUCCUGAAGUCUGUGAACACUCGACUGCAGAACCACACUGAAAACGAGAUUUCCUACGAGACCUUCAGAGAGUGGCUGGAUAACAAAGAUCAGUCUUUAGACACUGCUCUGCCUGAAGGUGAGAGGUGGGUGGGCUGCCAGGGGUCUGUUCCCUACCUGAGACGCUAUCCCUGUGGGAUCUGGACCCUGUUCCACGUCCUCACCGUCCAGGCCAAGAACACAGGAGGCACAGACCCCCAGGAGGUGCUGAGUGCGAUGAGAAACUACGUGCACAGCUUCUUCGGCUGCAGGGAUUGUGCCGAGCACUUUCAGACCAUGGCGACGGAGAGUCUGUCGGAGGUGAACACGUUCUCAGCCGCCGUCCUGUGGCUGUGGUCCAGACACAACCGCGUCAACAACAGAGUGGCAGGUGCGUUGAGUGAAGACCCGAACUUCCCAAAGAUCCAGUGGCCGUCUCCGGAGAUGUGUCCGGGCUGCCACUCGCUGAAGGAGAACGGGGAGCACCGGUGGAUCCAGGAUCACGUACUGCCCUUCCUGCUGGCUCACUUCUCCUCCAGCAGCAUCCUCACAGAUUACCUCGAAGACGAAAGCCAGAUCCUGAAAAAACAGCGGGAGAAACACGAGAGUCGUCAGCGAACGUUAGAGGCUCUGAAACAUCUGGAGAGGAAAACCCGGGAGGCGCUGGACUCCAUCCCGAAUCCUCUUCUUCCACAACCCACCCAACAGCAGGAGGAAGAGGAAGAGGAAGAGGAGGAAGAAGAGGAGGAGGAAGAUGAGGAGGAAGCACCGCAGGAAACAACGCCCUUGGUUAAACGAGUGCGGCGGCGCAGGAGAGCCAGCAUCGUGGGGAUGAGGAUGCGGGAGCUGCCGGAGGACAUCGUGGAUCUGGACUCCUUUGUGAAUCAGCACUUCAGGGUCAAAGCUCUGGCCUCAAACCGGGUCAAACGCCGCUCCUUACAGAGGAACGAGGAGGACCAGGAGCCUCUUUUCGGUCUCGGCAUGGCGGCGUUUCAGCCCGUGGAGGAGGACUUUGAGCCGGAUGUGGGUCGGAGGAGAAAGAGGGAACUGACGGGGCGUUUCUACGUCAGAGAGGAGGUGGAGAGGAGUCGUGGGGGACGAUGGAUUUCAACGAUAAACAUCGGGUUCUCCAGAGUGGACAUCAGCCUGUGUGUCAUCCUCUACUUCCUGUCCUCCAUGUGCCUCCUCGCCAUGUAUCUGUUCUUCAAGAACCGCCUCAAGCUGCGGAGGGUUAAAGUGUCCAUGACAUGAAGAUAGGAGAGUUGAAAUGCAGAAUCAGAAAACAUUUAUCCUUAACAAUCAGCAGUGAUGAGGCAGUGGUGGGAAGUACUUUUCCUCACGUACUGCGCUCUCUUUUGAGGGAAGUGAAUCAGAAUCAGGUUUAUUGCCAAGAAGACUUACGCAUAUAAGGAAAUGUCUUUUGUGUAUACACCUGCAAACAUAAUUAGUGGUAAGAGAAGGAUCACAAAUAGAACGAUUAUAAGAAGCAGAUGUAAAAAUAAAACAAUUGAAUAUACAAAAUACAGACUUUAAAGUGGAGCGCUGUGCAGAUGUAAAAAAGGUAGUGUUAUACAGAAAGAUAUGCUUUACUGCAGAUCAGAGACAGAUAUUGUUCUUUUUUACCCCACUGCAUUUAUCUUACAACAAAGGUUAAUAUGCAGGUUCAUAUUAAAAAAAAACAUGGUAUUAUUAUGGAUUUAGUUUAUUUAUAUGGCACAUUUGAACACAAUGAAAGUGCUUCAUCUAAAACAACAAAUACAAUUAUGAGCAUUAAGUGCAACAGUCAAGUAGAAUAACAAACGUAUAAAAUACAAGAAUAAGACUUUUUGAUUUAUUUGAAAGCAGCGGCAAAAGAAAAGUCUUCUGGCAGUAGAAAAAGUUAGCGCCACUUUAACCAGCUGCAGCAUUGAUAAAUAAAAACAGUGAUAAAAGAUAUCAUAUAUCAGGAUAACGAGUACUUUCUGGACGCUAACACUUUUGUUCUUCUACUUAAAUCACAUUUUGAAUGCAGGACUUUAUUUCUACACUGUGGUAUGACUACUUUUCUUCCACCGCUGUCUUAAGGGUAACUGUAAGGGGUUGUGUUCAGAUUAAGGAGAUCUUAAGUGGUCCACUUAACUCUCACUUGCAGCGUGUUUAUACUGAACGUCGUACAAGAAGAGGAGAAAUUAGCAGAUUAACUUCCAAUUUAAUAAUUCAAUGGCCUCUGGAGCUCAAAUGUGGAAAUGUGUGAGUAUUAAUGUUUAUGUCCAUGCGUUGGAUGCGAGCUAAUCCAUUUAUGAAGGAUACAAUUAAACCCAAAAUGAGAUUAAUUGCUUUUGGGGAAUUUGAAGGAAGUCAAUGCAACUAAUGUGUGUUUUGUACUAAUGGAGGAUGAUUAAUUUGAUUUAUAGUUAUUUUGUAUUAUCCCAAAGUAGGGUGAAAAUGUGCCUAGAGUACUUUCAUACGACCAAAUUAUUAUUAUUUUUUUAAAUCAUAUUUUUUAUAUUUACACUUAACUUCAUUUUUUUGAUUUAAAAAAAAUGCUGUUGUAUCUUAAAUGACAGAUGCACCGUUUUCCCUCCAAUCAAUUAAUUUCGUGUUGAUUUUUCAUGCAUUGAGUUUAAAGUGUGUGCAUUUAAUUUAAUAAUCAGACGUUUAAAAAGUCUGUAAAUGCUUUGUGGGUUUUUUACAGUUUCUUGAGGGUUUCUUCACGUCGUUGAAUACUGUGACUUUCCGCUGCUUCUCGGUGGCUUUUCUGUUCAUUACACUGUGUCCCAUCUUUAAACAUGACAUCACAUGCUGUGGAUGUUUGUGUUCACACUGGACGGGGUUUUAGAAUAAGCAGGAUUUGUUUUUGGCUCGUCUCAAAAACACUGCGGGCUCCACUGCUUCUGUCUGAAUCAAUAAAAUUAUUUUUGAUAAAGA